UCUCAAAGUUUUCCUCCUCCGUCUCUCUGCGCGUCCAUCCGCGCGGCGCAGAGGAGAGCGCACGUCUCACCGAGGAGCACCAUGGUCGUCUCCCUCUCCACCUCCUCCCGCAGCUCGUGAGUGGCUCUUGUGUUGCAGCCGGUCCUGCACCAUGAGCGCCGGAUGCAGCAGCUACUACAACCCCGACGGUGCGCUCGUGGACGGCUUCUCCUGCCCCAAGCCGGGGAGCGCCGCCGCCGCGGUCUACUGCUGCGGGUUCAACGACGUCAAGUACUGCUGCGAUGAUCCCAACAGCUUCUUCCCGUAUGAGUACGGGUACAUGUGGUGGCUGAGUAUUGGGGCUCUGGUUGGUCUGUCCAUUGCAGCGGUGGUCCUCCUUGCCUUCCUCAUCACCGUAUGUGUCCUCUGCUACCUCUUCAUCGCCUCUAAACCCGGUCGUCUUGACAACGGCCUAGCCCUCAGAGUGCCAGGAGAUGCCAGUGAGGGAUCCAGGCAUGCGAGCGCAGCCCGCGCCUCUGGUCUGCAGGGAUUCCGAAAACACUUCAGCAGGAAGCUGGGCUGUGAUAACCAGCCGCCAGACCCCGAGCGCCUGUUUCAGAGAUGUUUCACGGCCACAGUCACCAGUGUGAAGGUGGAAAGUCCCUCGUAGGCCAGUGAGAGACUUGUAGUCUAAAGAUGGUCCAACAGUCCAGAGGCCAAGAGAGCCAGUGAAUCUGGAGGCAGUGGACAACUUUGACACUGGCAGGAACAGAAACUGACACAAUGUGGUGUGCAAGGGAGUGGUGGUGGUUGAGUGGAGUAAAUGUUAUUUAAUUCUUUAAAAAAGGAACCACUCUUGAGUGCUGUGGACCACGCAGUCACACACGACGAAGGCUCUGAAAUCAUAUGACUUGACUAAUUACUGCUCACUUCUUGGAGGAGAAUGACUAUAAUUGGCUUCUUCAAAGCCAAAGACUUUAUUGAUAAUUAUUCAAAGAUUAAAGCAUAUAAAAGAGCAACAAAUGAUGGAGGUUUGUGGUCCAGCCUACAUUCAGGAUGCACAGCUCCGUGUGCAUUUAGGGAAGAUGCAAAAAAACAAAAAAAACAACAACACCAAAAAACAACACACUGUAGUUACAUCUACUACAUUUUGCUCAAGGACAGAGGGAAUUGUGGGUAGAAUCAACAGCAACCCAAACAUUUAGCAUGUAAGGAGGAUGAGGGUGAAGGAGGGGGCUGUGACAGCUUUGGACUAAAAGUAUCAAUAGAGUAAUAGUGCAUCUGACUAUUAUCCCUACAGCUUAUCCUUUAAAGGGAUAGUUCAUUGUUUUUGAAGUGGGGUUGUAUGAGUUACCUAUGCAUAGUUAAUAUGUUACCUUAUGGAGAUGGUGAUCAGCGAUGUCAUUUAACGGAGUUCGGAAGAGAAGUGGAAGUAGCGAAAGUUGGAGUCCCACUGUUACAGAGGGGACCAACGAAAAACGUCUUGUUUGGCACAUUUUUAAACGUUACCUAAAAACAAGAAAUCAGUUUAAUUGUACUCUAAAGGAUGUAUUUUAAGGUAACAUAUUAACUAUGCAUAAGUAGCUCAUAAAACCCCACUUCAAAAUCAGUGACCUAUCCCUUUAAAGGUCUCGGGGGGCUGGGUAGAGAGGUGGCAACAUACGGCGGACAAACAACCAUUCAGUCAGAGUCUCCAAUUAACCCCGAUCUGCAUGUCUUUGGACUGGGGAUGAAGAUGGAGUACCUGGAAAUAACUUGCAAAGAACUGCCGAACCGGCCCUCGAACCAAGAACCUUCUAACUGUAGCUGCUUAUGAAUGUGGAACUGCUUUUUGACUUACUUAAGUUACUAACAUGCUUGAGUAGAACGUUUGUACGUAAUAUUCGUACGUAACAUUCGUACGUAACAUUCGUACGGAACAUUCGUACGUAACAUUCCUUGGUAACGGCAGUUGGUAACGUUCAUAUCUGAUUAGGUACUCAGGAAACUUUCAUAAAUAGCCUGUAGGUAAGUAACACUGUAGGCAAACCGCACAUUUUCUAAUUAAUAUAAUUAUAUCAAAAUUUCAAUUACCAAAAACGUUUUCAAAUCCAAAAGUCUGCAAGCGACGUCCCAGACCGUGGGGGCAUUCCUUGCUACUCCUAAACGAUUGGAAAACUUGGAAGGGGCUGCAAAAAACGUGAUCCGUUUUCAAAUUUCUUUGUAGAAAGGGCGGCAUCUGGUUAGUCGAAUCGUUGGACCAAUUUUUGGCAGAGAUGCGCAACGCGAUUGGCUCGCACAUAAUGCUAUUAGCUCGACUGACAGGUGAGAAGUAUGGCGCGCGGUGCCGCCCUGGAGUGAGAAGUGGGAAGUUAUAAUGGUGUCACUUUGCUCCUACACGAGAUUGAAUGAAACCUCUAAUUCAAUCCAACUGAAUUACUACAAAUUCGUGCCAUCGAGCAACAGCGACCAGUGACAGUUCUGACCUUUGAGGUGACAGAGAGUCAGAGUCCAACAAAGACGAGACUAUUGUAGCUUUUGAGGUUUUGAGGUUUUGUUUAACGUCCUGUGUCAGAGUAAAAAACUGUUAGACAAGAUGGUUUGCGGAGUUAUGAGACCGGCCUCAAUGGUGCAAAUGCAGCUUUUUAAAAAAUAAACUGUGUGAAAUGAUUUCCCUGGUUGGUUGAGCCUGAGGUGUGUUAAUAAGCUAACAGGUUUGCGGCCUGACCAGCACAGUUGUUGUCUCGGAGAGCUUUAUUUUUAUUUCAAACACAAUUGUGUGUGUGUGUGUGAGACAGAAGUACGUAGAACUAUAGAGAAAACAGAGAGAUCCGGGGAAUACUGUGACCGACAAGCUAUUGCAGCUCACCAACUAGCCUAGGGGGUAGUCCUUACAUCACCCAGCACCCGGGUUGAUCUGUUUCCCUUUGUGGUGUUACCGUUGCUUAACUAUAGUACAAAAGAACAGUUGAGAUGAUAAUUCUGUGUGACGUUGUGGAACAGAUCUGAUUGAUCUGAGUGUUGAAAAGAAAAUCCGGGUUCUCAAGAGCCAAAUGUCACAAACCAACAUCUACACUGCUUAAUAGCACAAUGGACAGUUCUGGUGUACACUAUAACGCUAUACUGAAAUGCCAAUAUGCAAAUGAUAUUAAGGUGGAAAUUAAUCAAGACAGAUGCAAAGCUUUCUCACCUGGUGUCUUUUAACUCAAAGAGUCCACGAAUCAAUCAGUGAAUCUGUCAUUUGCACAGUAAGUAAGAAAGAAGUUUACAAAUUAAAAAUCUAUAAUACAUUUGGAGUGAUAGUUCAAGUCAAAACACCUAGUAAAUGAAUGAUAUUGUAUAACCUCCAGUAACAUGACAUGCAACACUUAGCUUUUGACUGAGGGGUUCAGAUUAUUUUCCAUUGUAAUAGGAAGAAAUGUGUAAGUGAGCUUCAUUAACACACUAUGCUCUGUUUCUACUUGAUCGUCAAUUCUGUCCUUAAACUUUAAAAUGCCCUUGUUUUUUGUAAGUCAGAAUGUAACAUGUGCUUUAAAAAAAAUUGUAUUCAAAACAAGGAAAACAGAAAGGGCCUUGUUUAACAAAAUGUUGUCAAAAUGUGUGUACCAGCUACCUUAUAAAAUACUACAAAACCC